GAGGGACGUAUCCCGGUCCACCUUAACUCCAAGCCCCGCCUUCUGGCCAGGAGCAUGCGUAGCAAUGAUUGGUGGAGGAAUAAUGGCUGAAAUUGAUUGCAGACACCAGUAUGCAAACUUGUUGCUGGCUUUCCGGGGGAUGAGAUCAGGCUGUGUUCCUCUAACCAGCAGUAGUGAUCGAGACAGAGAGAGAGAGACGCACAGACAGACAGAGAGAGAGAAAGAGUGAAAACAGACAGUGCUCACUUACAUGUGUUGGAUCAACAUUUUUACAAGGGAACGCGAAUUGCAACUACAAUAUUCCAGUCAGGAUUUGUUUGCUCCGGGGAUUUCAAGUCACUGGAUGUCUGCAAGUUUGGAGCCACUGUGAGCGGGCAGUGAGUGCACUGUCCUAGCGCGUUCUGCCCGAUCUCAUCCCGCCGCCUUCUCUGGACUAAUCGCUGGACGAGAGAGAGAGAGAGAGAGAGAGAGAAACUCAACCCCCUAUCUUUUCCCGAAUAGAACGGAGCUGGGAGAUUUCAUCCCUCUUGCCAGAAUCAAGGACAGAAAGAGCAGAUUCAGAAUAAAUAAUAAAAUCCAAGAAUUAUUUUUAAAAAGAAGAAAAAAAUACAACAAAAUGCUAAAACGAAGGCUGAAGUGACAUUACUGAGAUAAAGCAAUCACAAUGUGAUCCCGAGCAGGGUGAGUUCUCUGCAAACCUUUCUCAUUGUGUUUGAGGCAUUUUUAAAAUAAUAUUUGGACCUUGGAUACUGAAGCGACCGGAAUCUUUAUUUCCCCACAAUUUACUUUUUAUGGUUUUAUUUUGAUUUGGGCUAUUUUAAAUCCAUUAACUAUUGUAAUUUUGUUACUGUGUUUGAGACUGUGAAGAUAGCUCCGGGGGCUCGGCUGUCAUGCCGUAUUGAUCGGGUCUUUGGGAAGUAUGUUCGGGCUGAAUCAGUUCAGCAGAAGCGGUGGCCAAGGAGCGGAGAGAAACUUCGGCCAAGCUGCCUUGGAUAUGUCGGGGCAUUACAAGGGCCCGGGUUUCCCCGGCGGGGGUGGCAGUGCCAUGGGAGAGCAGGGGAUCAACGCCCUGAGCGAGCCCCCGAUGCUGGGGAUGGGCAUGAACCCGGCUUUGAGCGGUGAGCAGUACGCCUUCCACACCCGGGGCCACUCGGAGCUGCACGGGGCCGGGGCCAUGCCCCAGCCGCCGCCUCCCCCCCAGCCGCAGCCUCCUCCACCUCCUCCUCCCCCCCAGCCCCAAGCUCAACCCCAGCCCUCGGCAGCCCACGCCUACUUCCCCAACGGGCACCACCAUCACCACCCGCACGCUCACCACCAUUUCAGCGGCAGCUUCUGCGGAUCUGAACCCGGUCCUUCCUGCCUCCACGGGGGGCGGCUCCUGGGGGCGCCCGGCUAUAGCAGUAACCCCCUGAGCGGACAGCAGCCUGCCUUCGGAGAAACUUAUGAUCCCAUGGCCGAGAACCAAGCUGGAGGGGGAGGCGAAGCGUUUGGACAACAGCAACAACAGCAGCAGCAGCAGCCCGCCCCGGGGAGAUCAGGGAACCUGACGGACUACCACCAGCACCAUACCCCGUCAUCUAAUCACACACCGUGUCUCCCUCUGGACCAGUCCCCCAACCGCGCUGCCUCCUUCCACGGGCUUGCAACCUCUUCCUCAUCCGAGGCACACGGACUGGAGCAGAGGCGCCUGCAGACCCAGCCGCCUGUGGACUCGAUGGAAUACAACUAUCAAAGCGACCCUCCCUUUGACAUGCCGGUCUUUUCCUCCUCGGAGUCCGGCGCACAACUCCCCCACUACGGCGGCCCCGGUAGGCAGGUGCCCAGCAGUAACUUUCCUGGCAGCCCCGCCUUGCCCAGGGCGCCGGGCAUGGUGAGCGUGGGUAAAGUCCACCCUCCGCAGCAGCAUGGCGCGUUUUACGAGAGGUUUGGGAAUGCUCGGAAGAUGUCUGUGGGCAUGGAGCCCGGGGUCGCUGCCAGGAAUCCUCUAAUGCAGCAACAGGCGGGUCUGCUUGCACGGCAGAACUCUUGCCCCCCAGCGAUACCUAGGCAACAGCAAGCGGAGGCCCCCGCUCCUAACUCCAGCGUGCAGGACAAUGGGACGAUGAUGCAGAAUCAGCAUGCCCCGUUUGAAUACCCAAUUCAGAGACUUGAGAACAGAAAUGUCCACCCUUACAGCGAGCCAGUGUUCAACAUUCAACAUCAGGCUAAUCAGAGGCUGCAGCAUUUUGACGCCCCGUACCUCAACGUAGCUAAGCGGCCCAGGUUUGACUUUGCCAGUAACCACAGCGUGGACAGUUGUGCUACUUGGAGUGGUAACAGUUUGCACAACGCGAGUCUGGAAAACCAUUUGUCGCCCUCUGCCUACCCCGGACUGCCCAAUGAGUUUUCGCCCCCUGGCCCAGAAGGUUUCCCCCACGGUCCCCCUCUUCAGCACCCGGGGACUGACCAGCAGUCCUUACAGCAGCGCCAGAACAUGCUGAUAAUGUUUAAGCAAAUGGUGUCGCGGAACCAGCGGCACCGAAUGAGGCAAUCCGAUCUCCAGCAUCUGGGCCACCAUGGAGAUGUCAAUCAAAACAGCAUGGCUCACAACAGCCAAGUGGGAACUAUGUCCCAGCCAAACUUUGAGCGGGAAAGCGGCGGCCGGAUGUCGAAUUUUGAUCCUCAGAACCCACCCAUGGCUCAGGAGAGCUCGUGGUUUGCGGGCCCGCACCCUCCUGGGGACUUGCUGCAGAGAAGGCUAGGUGGGUCCGGCGUGGCUACUGACGGCAGCCCCCACGAAUCUGUCCAGAUGAACCUGCCGCAGAAUGGGUCAAACAUGUUGUUCAGGACAGGUGGGAACGGACUGGGUAUGCAGGAGCCAAUGAGAAUGCCAGGCGAGGGACAUGUACAGAGUUUGCACUCUCCUGGGGUGCACUCGCAGUUUGGCAGCAAUAUGGGCAAUGUCUCCCAAAUGCAGUCUCCCAGCGCAGGCAUCGGACUGCCCAACACCUCCAGUGACAGAAGAGGCGGCCCCGACUUCCCAGGGCCCCAGAUUGGCGGACAGCCGGGCUUUCCGUUUGGGGGCCCAAGUAGAUCAGCCAACACGCACAGUAACCCAGCCGGCGUACCUCCAUCCCCGGGCAGUUACCCGGCCCAGAACGAAUUUCAGCCCAGUCAGCGCCCCUCCAUGAGCAAGAUCGGCUCCCUGUCCUUGGGCUCCUUCAACAAGCCGGGUGCGAAGGACAGCACCAUUUAUGGUCAGAGUUGCCUCGCCGCCCUCUCCACUGCCUGCCAGAACAUGAUUGCCAGCCUGGGAGCCCCGAACCUCAACGUCACAUUUAACAAGAAAAACCAGAACGAAGGGAAACGCAAGCUUAGUCAAACCGAGCAGGAUGGCGGGGCUGGGGCCCCCAGCAGCGGUGCUGGGGCCGGUGUUGGGAGCGUCGGUGGCGCCUCCACCGGGAGCUCUGGGAACGGUCCAGAAUACUUCCAGAGCAACACGCCUCAAAGCAGCCAGAUGGGGAUAUCCGGGAACGGGAGCGGCAAACUGGCCGCGCCCGCGGCCCAAAACUGCACGCAGGGUCAGAACCAGCCCACACCACCCGAAUGCAACCUCUCCCCAAACUAUGGGCUGGAGGCCGUUCCGACUGAAAGCAAAGGACAGGCGGGGAGAGGGAGAGGGAGACGGAAAAGAGACAGUGGCCACGUUAGCCCAGGGAACUUCUUUGACAAGUAUUCAGCGGAGAAUGUGAAUCCAGUGGUGAGUCCCGGGCAACAGGGUCAGUCCACACACGGCGGAGAUCGAGGUGGGACCCCGCAGGAUAAGUCUCUCACCUCGCCAUCUUGGGCUAAGGGGAAUGACCUGCUACUCCCAGACCAACCCGACCUCAUGUCUUCCCUGGACAGUGGGAUUCAAAGCGUGACCAAGUCCGACGGCAGUUCACCCCAGGUCGACUUCUCCGACGAUGUCAGCAACAAUUAUGCGAACGAGGACGAGGUUUCAUCGAGUUCUGACAACAACCUAUCCAAAUCCACGCGGUUAAUGACCAGUUCCCCCAAACUGCAACGGGUUGAGCACGGGUUGAAACAGAUGGGUCACGCCAUGCUCAAUGCACACCCCAACAGCAACACUACCUCUAAUGCAGGCGCUGUCGCCGACAGCUUCGGGCUCAGCAGCAGCGGGAGUGGGCACCCGGGCACUCCCGGGAUGGAGCAGGUCCGAACUCCAACCAGCACGUCGGCGCAGGACGAGAUUCACCCGCUGGAGAUCCUGCAAGCACAGAUCCAGCUGCAGCGGCAGCAGUUCAGCAUAUCCGAAGACCAGCCCCUCGCCAUAAAGAACAAAAAGGCCGAGUGCCCGGGUCAGAACGGAGACACCGAACUGGCCGCUUGUGGAACGGACAAUGGCAAAGCUGCCAUCAGCACGAUAGACAUUGAGUCACUGAUGGCAGAGCAUAACUCUACCUGGUACAUGCCUAGCGACAAGGCCAUGAUGGAUCCACAGGAUGAAGACAAGCAAAUGGCACCUUGGGAAAAGGCCAAACCCCCAAGUUCCAACAAAGAAGCCCAGGACAAUUCCCAAAGCAAGGCUUUGAUGGGCCCGGUCGGGAGUCAUUCUCAGCAUCUUUCAGUCCACAGUACUGACCUCAUGGACUCGAAGCCACAGAGCCCCGUGCAGUCGUGGAUGGCAUCACAUUCAGACAUCAGUUACAGAGCUGGGACGUUUGCCGCUGCCUUGACAUGUAUAUAGUUGGAGGAUCAAGAAAUGGGAGAGGAAGAAAGAGACUUCAUUUUGUUAGGCCGUUUGGAAAGGGUUACCAAAACCAUGGAACAAGAGUUUUACGUUAACAUCUUUUAAGUCUUUAGGGGUACAUUUCCGUGCCUGGUCAUAAUGUUGUGUGGUGUGAUGCUUCUAAAUUGGUUUGGAGAAGUCAGGGAAGAAGAGCUGCAAUAUUCCUUCCAGUUGCCCCAUGUGGUCGUCCAUUUCAAUCUCUCAACUCCUGGUCGAAGUCCUUCACUAACUCAGUAUAAGAAAUGGUUGCUCAUGGCUGAAGUAAUUUUCCAAUCAUGCCAUCCUGGAGGGUCCCACCUCGAUCGGUGUCCGUGGCAACCUUAGCUAUAACCAGAGUUCAAGAAGAGCUGUGACAUUAGGCCAGCAGCUAAAGAACAGCUUUCAAACUGUGCACAGAAAAAUGCCACUCACUGAUGAGAAGGCAAACAUUUCCCCGUCAUCGUCACUCAGGCAGAAUACAAACUGUUGGAAAAAUUCAUAUAGGGAACAUAGACCAUAGAACAUUACAACACAGGAAUGUUGUGCUAAGCCAGCUAAAAAGUAAAUCAAAAAGGCCCCAAAAUGAAUCGCUCCUACCUACAUAAUGUCCCUAUCCCUUCAUCUUCCUCAUAUUCAUGUAUCUAUCUAAACAUCUCUUUAAAAUUUCUAAUGUAUUUGCCUCCACCCCAAUGCUCCCUUUAAGGACCAGUGUGUGCAAAAAUCUUGUGCCGUGCAAUUUUUUUGCCUAGUAACAACAACAUAUGUGCACUAAAUAGUUUCUUCAAUAAAAGCAGUAUUAAUAAAGCCAAUUCUAAGAUCUGCAGACAAAUCAUCGCAAACUACGUGUUGUCAACACCGUCCGCUCAGAAACUGGGAAAGGAAAUGUGAUUGUGUACAAUCGUGAAAUAUACUUCACGUGCCAACGAGGUAGACAGUGCCAACCUUUCGUGUGCUAGUGGCAAAAGAUGUAGGCUCACGCACACCUUGGAGGGAACAUUGUCUCCAAACAUACCAGGCAUCCAUGACUGUCUGAGUAAAAAACUUACCACAAUAUUAAACAUUUUUACCCUGGGAAAAAUCUACUGCCUGUCAACUCUAUCUGUGCCACUCAUAAUCGUAUAAACCUCUAUCAGAUCUCCCCUCAGCCUCCACUGCUCCAGAGAAAACAACCCAAGUUUGUACAGCAUCUCAUGAUAGCACAUGCCCACUUAACCAGGUAGCAUCUGCAGGGGCAGAGGGAACGAUUGAUGUUUUAGGAUGUUUGGGACAGUCCGGUCUGUUAAGUUCCUUCAGCAAUUUUUUUUUGCUCCAGAUUACAGUAUGGGCAGUGCAGGAACGUAGUAGUUAGUACAAUGCUUACAGUGCCAGCUGUAAGAUCAGGGUUCCAUCCCCACCACUGUCUGUAAGGAGUUUGUACGUUCUCCCUGUGAAAACGUGAGUUUCCUCCGGGUGCUCCAGUUUCCUCCCACAGUCCAAAGACGUACGGCUAAGGACAGUGAGUUGUGGGCCAGUAGCUUGGCGACACUUGUAGGCUGCCCAGCUGGUUUAACUUGAUGCAUAUGAUGCAUUUCACUGUACGUUUCAAAGCACGUGUGACACAUAAAGAUCAUCUCUUUCUUUUCAAUCUGUGUAGUCCCUUGAGUUUCCACUCAGGCGGAAAAUGGGACCCCGCAGAAGAGUGAGAGCUUAAACGAUAAAAACAAGAGGUUCUGCAGAUAAACAGAGAUUCUGUUCCCUGUUUCUUGUUGGCUCACCAAUAAUCUAGAACAGGGGUUCCCAUCCUGGGGUUGGGAUCUAGACCAACACACACAAAAUGCUGGAGGAUCUCAGCAGGUCAGGCAGUAUCUAUGGACAGGAAUAAAAAGUUGAUGUUCAGUGAGGGUUCUUCAUCAGGACUGUUUGUGAGCGGUCAGAGUAGCCAGAGGUCUCCUUAAUGCAACUGGUCCCUGUUUCUUGCUGGCUCACCAAUUUUCUUAUAUUCAUUUCCUUAUGACACAAAAGGAGAACAUUCAGCCCAUUGCUUAUACUGGCUCUCAGACAAAUCCCAUUCUUCCAUUUUUUCUCUGGAAGUGGGUCCCUCACACGCCUAUUAAGUGUACAGUGACCAACUAACCACAUAACCAUUGGAAUGUGGUGGGAAACUUAGAGCAGCGGGGGGAAAUUGUGGAUGGUGGGGUAUGCAGUCACAGGGAGAACAUGCAAACUGCAUACGGGCAGUUCUGAAGGUCAGACUUGAACUUAGGUCUCUGGAGCUGUGGGAAAACUCAACCUGUUGCAACCUUUUGCUCUCCUGUAUGAACUGAGUUAUGGUUAAUACAUUCCCCAAGGAUGCCACUGAAUGGUGAUGUUUAAGGUCUGGACCAAUGAUCAUUUAAAGCAUGCUAACAUUUCAAUAAAGUUCAAUUUUACAAAUUGACACCUUUUACUUUAAAAUUUCAUUUUUAAAUUAACAUCUUCCUCAACAAGAUACAAACAUUUUUUUCUAAGCUGACUCUCCAGCAUUGACUGUUGACUGUAUUUCACAUGACGAAUGUUCAGGUGUGCUUGACCAGACUUGGAGUAGAGCCUUGACAACAGAAUCCACCCUCAGGAAAUGAGUUCGGAAAAUGCUUGAAGAGUCAGAAGUUGGCAAAAGGUGACACUAAUUUAUUAUGACUUCUGCUUUUCAGUAAUGCACAGGGGCAGAUUCCACAUUAUAUUCUCCUGACAGGGCUCUUGUUCACAGGAAAUGCUGCCCAUCCCUUCCAGAACCUUGUUAUUCACUCUGGAGUGGAUGACGUGACUCCCAGUUAUCUCUCUCUACAAGCUCCAGGUCACAAUGUUGAGUAACUUGUCAGGUCGUGAGAAUGUUGCUCUGGUAAGGAAUAUUGCAGCUCGAUUUCAUUGUCAAGAGUCAAUUAUUUGUAGUUUGAAUUCAGCCUAACCACACCCCAGCAGAAUCAAGCCAAGCUUAACCACACUGGGCCCAAGGGAACCAUGGGUCUCAACCACACAGUAUCUUAUUAAACCAGUCCUAUUCAGACUGGGCCCAGACAGGUAUGGAGUAGGCAAACCACACAAGGGAAGGCAGGUGGAAAUUAACCCAGGCUUAUUGAAGUAAGGCAUAACCACACAUUGGUGAUUAAAUAUAAUAAAACUCCAAUAACCUGGCAUACUUGGGACUUUGGUGGUGCAAGAACAGCAGCUUUUCUAGACUAUUGGAUAUUAUUCCAUUUAAUACCCUUUCACAUUAUAAAUCCACUUUUUAAGCUGUUAUCCAGUAUUAUAACAAGUUUCCCACUGAAUCUAGAUUUAAUGGGGACAUUCACUCAUCGUGCGCCAUGUUGACUGACAUGGGUGAUCAUGGUGUCUCUAUGACCAUGAUUGUUCCUGGCAAACUUUUCUACAGAAGUAGGUUGCCUCUGCCUCCUUCUGGGCAGUGUCUUUACAAGAUGGGUGACUCCAGCCAUUAUCAAUACUCUUUAGAGAUUGUCUGCCUGGCAGCAGUGGUCACAUAACCAGGACUUGUGAUAUGCACCAGAUGCUCAUAUGACCAUCCAUCUCCUGCUCCCACGGCUUCAAGUGACUCUGAUCAGGGGGCUGGGGUGCUAAGCAGGUGCUACACCUUGCCCAAGGGUGACCUGCAGGCUAGCGGGGGGGGGGGGAGGGGGGAAUGAGCGCCUUACAUCUCCUUUGGUAGAGAUGUUUCUCCACCCUGCCACCCCAAAGGGGACUUGCUCAGCUUAAGUGUAGUGAGUUCCAUGGGAGGUUAGGAACAUUGUCACUGCUGAGUUGAAAAGGAAUUUGGGAAAACUGGCCUUGGUGAGUUGGAAAACAGUAUGGGAACUGGGACCUCAGCAACUCAGAAGGGGCAAGGGAACCUUGGUACCAGCCAGUCAGAAGGGAGUGUAGAAAUUGAGGCCCCAGCAACCAGGAAGGGAGUGCAACAAAGAUUACCUGGUGAGUCAGCAGCCUUGUCAGCAGGAUUUCCAAAUGGCUGGAUGCUGGUCUUAAACUGAACACUCUUAAACAUGUUUAAAUUAUAGAAUCCAUUUUUGUACUGAUCUCUUUUUCUUGUGCGAAUCACAUCAAAUACAUUUAAUAUCAUUGAGAAUGUAAUCAAUUCAUUUAAACUGCCAUCCUUUGGGGUUGGUAACAGUUGAAAAGCAAUUCAGGGUCAGACCAUAAUCUACCUUCAAGAAGCCAAGCUGAGAUAAUGAAAGACUCUCAUACAGCUUCACUUUCAAUAUAACCAGCAUGAUUCAGCUUGGUUUGGGUAUUAUGGUUCAGGUACUCCUUCUGCAAAUGUUUUAGUUUAAUCAAAACUUAUUUUAUAUGUAAACCUCAUUCAUUCAAAAUCAUUUUUAUCGGUUCAAUUUGUAUAUAUAAUAUACAGAUGCCAUUUUAACAGCAAAGCCACUUAUUGGCUGCUUGUUUUGUCUAUCGAUGCAAAAUUUGGGCCUAGUUGAAAAAUAAGAAAAAUCAAUCAAAUGUUACUUGUAUUGUAACAGUAUGACUAUCAUUUGGAAUCUGAUAUCCAGUUUAGGACCUGUAUCUAGAGAUUCGGAAGUAGUCCAUGAUUGGGCAAGGUCAGUUGUGAUGUCUUUGCUUUUCAGUAUCCAUUAUCUAAAUUAGGAACCAUUUCUGUUUUGUGUAUUAACAAUUGAUUUACUUCCAGGAAUGUACAAAAAAUAGUGCUCUGUUUCGUUUCUAUUCAUCAAGAGUAGAAUGUGUUGUGGGGGAUCUCCUUAAGAGGACCUAGAAGUUCUACUGAAGAUACAAAGGCCAGUUUGGUCAAGAGUUGUAGAGAAUUUUGGCCUUUGUUUCUGUUCAGUUCAAUUGUUCCUUCUAGAGCGAAAGAAAUCUUAAAGUUCCAGUUUAUGGUCCGUUCAGGAAACACUCAGUUGCUCAGAGAGAAACAGAUUAGAAUUCCUGACUGAUCAGGACUGGAACCUAGCAGGGCUAUGACAAGGCAGAAAUGGGUAAGCUCCCACAUUAAUUUGUCACUUUAUUUUUAAGUAUCCUUUUGGCCCAGAAGUUCUUAAAUCUCUCAAAAUAAGAUGAGUCAAUUGAGACUGGAAUCUUCAACAACACCCUCAGCGGCCAGAUUCUAAUUUGUUUGAGGACCAAGGUCUAAUGAAUGAGCUGUGUUAGUUCUGCCACUGCACAGCUAGUGUGAGAAGACAAUGAGGCCAAGGCUUGUAGUGUGGCCUGAGCACAUUGCCUGAUGAAAGUGCAGAUGGUAAGGAAGAGUUGGGCUUGAGGUCUGGGACACAGACAAUGAAGAAAAAGGUAUCAGGAAUCUGGAACUGGGAGUGGUCAGGUGGUGGUGAUAAUGGUAGGAUGUUUGAUUGGAACUGGGUUUUGAAGGGGGGGGGGGAGUUCCAUCGUGUGAGUGGGAACACAUGAAAUAAAUCAGCAAAAGAGAGUUAAGAGUAAGUGGGUGCAGACACCAACGAAAUGGACAGAAAUGCAUAAGUAUCAUUGCCUUAGUCACCCAUGGUGUGGAUCAGGAAUGCCUGGAACAUGAAUAGUGGAGCAGGCAUAAUCUGUUCAGGUGCCUCAGUCUGAGAAGCCCAAGUGACAUCAGGAUACGUGUUCCCAACCCUGGCGAUGCCCAGGAACCCGAGUCAGAUUUCAGUGAGGGCAUUAAGUCUUUAAAAUCUUGCAAAGCAGCCCAGAUUUGACCUAAGAAUAUUCUCAGCUGGUGUAGAGAACUCCAAGUUUUAGUUUGUAGAAUAAAAUGCGUGUUUUAACCCCCGGCCUUUAAAAAAUAUAUAUUUUAACUGAUCUUAUUGAAAGGUCACAGUUUAUCUCGCAUCUGAUGGGGUAAAGAAUGGCGCAUUGAUCAUUGAUGUCUUGGUCAGUGGAGCCUGCUGGUGGGUGGAGGGCAGAAGAUGUCCAUUGUUCCCCACGGCCUGGAAGUGCACACUUCCCAACAAAGUACCUUUUCGGGCCUCUCCUGACCUUGAUCCAGCCUUGAAUAAUGAGCCUUAUCAGACAGAAUCUUCAGCAUCCACAGUGGGUGUCCUGCGCAGGAAGUGGCUGUUAGAUAGGAGGCUGACAUCUUCACCUGCUGCAGAGAGAGGUGAAAAUACUGGCAGCGGCUCAAGUGACCAGUGAGGAUUUUAAUUGCUGAUCCACUGCAGAAGGUAAAUUUAAAAUGGCAAUUAAAACUUUCCCAAUGUUCAGUGUUGUUCUCCUUCUGACUGAAAGACUUAAGCUUCACUUUGCAAGGCCCUUGCUGGGAGACCACGCACUGGGUUAUGCUGAGUCGAUUAGCCAUUUUUAACAAACUUAAAGAAAAUAAGGGACCAAGGUCCCAAAGUUCUUUUGCACACCAUGGCGAAUGUCAUCACAGUCUUCCAUGCAUUUGAUGUGGUUACGCAUGGAUGCUAUAAUUUCUGCCCCAAUGCCCAACUGCAGCGUGUCUCAUCCAAGCACUCAAGAGUAAAUCUGACCCAGAGCUGCCUAAUUAAUAGAAGCUACUGUUCUCGUCAAGAAAUGUCAGUUUACGAUCUCCUGCCAUGGCUGCAGUUUUCCCUUCUCAUUUUGCUUUGUGAUUAAUGCUGAUUUAGUGUACUAUUUUUUUGUAUGAGUUUUGAGAUUUGCGAUUUAAACACAUGCAAAAUGGAUGUUGGAAUAAUGUUUUCCCCCUCACUUUCUCACCCAAAAUGCUGAAGGUCCCCAGGGGCAGUACCCCAGCAAAGCACUCCCCAGUAUUGAAGAAUUUCUAGGCCCAGGUAGAAACACAAGUGACUUGGAAUCUGAAUUUUCAAUGGUUGGGCUGAAAUCUGCAGUGCCAUAUCAGUGUACAAAAAGUUUAUGUGCUCGUAUGAAAUUCCUCCAAACAUGGUAAUAACAGAGAUUUUAACAAUUAUUGUAAAGUUGACAUAUUUGUAUACUAAAAUUAAUGUGUGUUUUCACACCAAACGUUCUCUUUUAAAAAAAAGGGGUCAGUAUAUUCUUUGAGAAGCUGUUGAGGAGAUUUGAACAAAUUGCCAAGGUAUAGUGUGGGUCAGUCCAGCUCUGUCUCGGUUCGAACUUGGUUUUAGCUUCUCCAAACCAUGCAUGCAAGGUACAAUUCAUUUACAAAAGAAAAGUCUUUAAAAAUACUGCACCACAAAGAAUCAGAAAAGUUAAGACCAUAGAAAUUAGCAGCCAUUUUGUUUUCUAAGUAUCGUCAAAAAUGUACUUUGAUGGGACUUUUAAGUUUUUCUAAUAUCUUGUAAAUAUUUCAUGAGGACUCAAGCUUGUGUAAAGAGAUGUAAAUUUAUUUGAUGAAUGUUUUUUUUAAGAAGCAGAAAUUGAAAUAAACUGUG